AUGAAUAAAUUCUUCCUUUCAAUGUUACUGGCUGUCAUCUGUGAAGUUGUAACUGCAAGGCGAGUAAGAACACUCUUCGAUCCGUCAAAAAUGAGAACUUUUGAAAUGCCAAAAUCUUGCAGUGGCAUGGAGUUCUGUUUCGACGAUGAUAACUACCCCAUCGACAUUGUUGAAGAACUCCUAAAGGAUGCAACGAGCUUGGUCGUAGGAGCUGAGGAUGACGUAGGGAUGAUCGGAACAUACUCAGACCGUCAAGGAGACUCAUCAGAUGAAUAUGACUGCCAGUCUUUGUCCAGGAAUGAUCCUAUCUACUAUAUUGUUGAUGAGGAUGGCAGAGACAGAGUAGUUGUGCAGAUGGAAAGCAGAUUCCAGCAGCGUUUUAGCGUUAUGUGGUGCGAGCAAGAAGGAUCAAUGAAGACCAGAACCGAACACUUUUUAGAAUCAAUGGUAUUAAAAUACAAAAUGUAUUGCCAAAACAGAUAUGUGAAUUAUGACUUUUUGGUUCUAAGCAUGGAACCCGGGUACGAUGGCAAGUGGAAAAUGGAGAGAGCAAGAACUAAGUCUGGCAUCCCUGUCUGUUGCACCUGUAGAUACGACAAGUAUUAA